AUGUUUUUUGGUAUAGCCUCGUUUUCAGCUCGGCUUCUUAUUGGUAGAUUAGGCGACUGCAAAUGCGUCAGCUCCUUACACCUGAUACAAGUGGGCUCCCUUGGUGUAGCUAUCACCAUUUUGCUUCUGCCUUUGGCGCGAGCUUAUACGACUUUUGUGGUCUUUUCAAUUGUUGACGGAUUUCUUGAUGGUUUAAUGGGAUCCCAGUUUAAUCUCGUUCUUCUGACAACUGUAAGUCCACAGUUAAGAGCGACUGCCUUUGGUUACGCCAACUGCCUUGCAUCACUAACUCUGACGAUUGGACCUUCUAUUGCAGGUCAGUACUAGAUAGCCUCCCACCUAGGCGUUUUUAGGGGAGGUCGUCUUUCAUCCCUCCCCAUACUAAUGUGGGGAGGGGAUGAAAAAGGCCGGCUCCCCUAAAAACGCCCGCUUGGGAGGCUAAGUAUUAGAGAGAUUGUGUUGUCUCGGCGGGUCACCCCACCUAUCAUGUUAGAAAGAUUAAAUUGUGAAAUGAGAGAUUUUAUGGACGGGCGAGUUACCCGGACUAAGCGGGAUACCUCAUCCACUGCAGAACACCCUUUAUCCAUGCAUACGGGCCCUAAACAGUCAAUGGACUUUUUUAGCUUGUAUGUUUUGAUUUUUCCCAUUACAGGUCAUGUGAUGAUACUCUAGAGAACUGUUUCUUUAAAAAUAUUCCUUAUUCACCUGCAUAUCUAAGCAUAAUUUACGAAGAGACAAAGAGUCAAGUUUCGCUGGGACCCCUAUUAGAAAAACAAAACAUACAAGCUACAGAGGUCUACUGCGAACAAACUUCCAGGAUGCUCCAAGAAAACCGUUAUGAGAUUUUAAAACCGAGACAAAAGAAAUCAACACAUACAUUAUUUGAUAUGUAUGUCAUGAUUAUGUGUUUUCAUUUUCAAAAAUAACGUUUGCAUGUAUGCACACAUGUGGUUGAAUAUAACCUAAUUAUUUUUCUCACAUUAUUAUUUACUUUAACUUUUCUAUUUUAUUCAUUGUUAUCAUUACUUUAGUGUAUUGCUAAAUUUUCUUUUUUUGUUUAUUCGAUUGAAUCAAUUGUCAAUGGUAUUUGAUUUUGGCGUGUAUUAUUGUUUAGUGAUGUAGUAAAUUGUCUACAAAAUAGUAAACUUGUGAGGACUUUGAAAAACUAAGAAGCUGAGCUGUUUUUUUUUUUUUUUUUAAUUUCCAAUGACUUUACGUCAAUAGUACGUAUUAUAACCGUUCUCAAUUUUACAGAUAUUUCUACGCUUUUUUCGUCUUCAAUGACACUUUAUAGGUAUUCUAGCGGACAAAUUAAACUCCUACAUUCCAGCGUUUUUUCUGGCGGGAAGUGAAGUGCUUCUUGGUUCAUGUAUUACCUUCCUUUUAUGUUUCGCUAAACUGGAACCAAAGCAACGGACAGAUUUCACCGAACAACAGAACGAUGACGAAACACUUCAACAAAUAAUGAGCAAAAAGACAGAGCUACAUGAAGACAGAGGAGCAUUGCUUUUGAAAGUUGGAGAGUUAGAUGAGGAGCUCCAAUGUCCUCUUCCAAACGCUUUUCUAGAAGAAGAAACAUUUUCGUACAAGUGUACAAGUGUUUAA